AUGAAUAAGUGUAAAUCACCCAAAAAAGUUGUGCAUUCCUGUACUUUUGAUUUCAAUGAAAAUAGUUUAUUAGAAGCUAUUGGUCAUCAACUGUGUAAGCUAUCAGCUGAUAUGAAUAAGGUAAAGUCCAAUGUAAAUUAUGUAAAACAAGAUGUUUCAUCCUUUAUUGAAGAUAAUCCUGCAACUAAUCGUCAGCCAAAUUCAAAUAUAAAUUCGGAAGAAAACCAUUUAUCAUGUUUUCCAUUAAAAAAUGAAAAUGAACUAUUAGCAAUGGAAUCAACAUUACAAAAUGGAGAAAUAAACUACACAAACAAAUUGGUAUCAACACUAAUUUUUGCCUCUGAAGGAAAAAAUAUUUCCAAAGUCACUUAUAGUAUCUUAAAAAUUAUGUUUUCUGAUGAGCUACUGAAGUAUUACAGCUGGAAAGGUCAAAAAAAUAAAAAACCAUUUUCAGAGUUUAAAAUUUGUAAAGUCAUUAUUGAUGCUGUUAGACAAAAAUUUCCUGAACAAAAAGAUAGCAGAAAUUACAUCAUCAGUAGUAUUAUGUCAUGGCUAGCACAGGCACCAACAAGGAUUGCAAACAAAGAAAAACAAAAAAAAAAGAGAGAAACUGCAGAUUAUCAUCAUCGUCAAGAUUAUGAAGACAACAUUGAUGAUAAUAAUAUCAAUUCAACUUAA